UCCCUCUAUUUUUCUACUACCCGGCGGACACAAACACAAUCCCCUCCCGCGAAACUCGCCUUAGCGUCGUCAACUUACCAUCAGACGACAAUUCGUUUUAGUCACUGAAAAGCGUCUGCAUUUCAAUUUCUUUUCAACAUCAUUCGCCUCUUCAUCAUCCUCUUGACCCCGACUCGUAACAAACGCCACCUUCCGUUUCCGUCUCUCUCUCAAAAAGGAAAAUUAAAAAAAUUAAACAGCUCCCUCGAAAUUCUCGUUUCACUGUCACAUACUCGUAGAUACUUGUACAUUCAAACAUAUACAUAUAAAUACCACUUAUAGAUGGAUCGAAGAAGGACGGGGAGUCCGGUGUACUCACGGCAGUGGAGCGGUAGCAGCACGGGGUCUUCUUCUCCGGCGAUGUCGCCCGCGCAUCCUAGCUCAAGACUAGGAACAGGUAUGUCCACAAUCAAGCGCACUCAAAAUGUUGCCGCAAAAGCCGCAGCUCAACGGCUAGCUCAAGUGAUGGCGUCGCAAACAGCCGAUGAUGACGACGACGAGGAUGACGAUCUAGGGUUUCGAUUCAGUGCUCCACCACCACCUGCUCCCUCCAGUUUUAGUAAUAAUAAUCACAGUGGAAAUAAUAAUAAUAAUAGUAUUACUGCACCUAGUAUUUCGCUCGCUAGACCUAAUAGAUCUCCUUCUCCUGCGUUAGGUCGCAACUUUGCAGAGCAUGUUCCUUCUGUUCGUUCAAGUUCAGCUGGAAGGCCAUCGAUAUCUGUUCGUACAGGGACAUUGGUACCACCUACUAAGUCAUCUAUAAGAACCCCGAUUUCUAUACCUGCAAUUGAGCCUCCUUCUAAUAGGUCUAGAGAGAAAAGGUUUACAUCAGAUGUGGGUCAACUCAAGUUAAAAGAUGCAGGUGAUCAGCGGGAAGCUUCAGCACUUCGCGACGAGCUUGAUAUGUUACAAGAAGAGAAUGAGGUUAUACUUGACAAGCUUCGUCUCACGGAAGAAAGACGUGAGGAGGCAGAAGCUAGAGCUAGGGAGCUUGAGAAACAGGUUGCUGCUCUUGGAGAAGGUGUAUCUCUAGAAGCUAAGCUGUUGAGCAGGAAGGAAGCAGCAUUGCGUCAAAGAGAGGCUGCUCUCAAGGCUGCAAAACAAGCUAAAGGUGGAAAAGAUGAAGAAAUUGCAGCCCUUCGCUCAGAACUCGAGAACUUGAAAGAAGGAGCUGCAGUAGCUGUGGAACAGUUUCGAGAAGCAGAAUCUGAGGCAAAAGCUCUUCGCACCAUGACGCAGAGAAUGAUUUUAACUCAGGAAGAGAUGGAGGAAGUUGUCUUGAAGAGAUGUUGGCUUGCUCGAUAUUGGGCUUUAGCUGUGCAGCAUGGCAUUUGUUCUGAUAUUGCUGGAACAAAGCAUGAGCAUUGGUCUGCUCUAGCUCCUCUACCGUUUGAAGUUGUCAUUUCUGCUGGGCAAAAGGCUAAGGAGGAGUCUUUGGGUGGUGAUGAUCCAGAUAGGGGUAAAUCUGUUCGUGAUUUGAGUGACCUAUCUGGGGAAGGAAAUAUUGAAAGUAUGCUUUCAGUUGAAAUGGGACUGAGGGAAUUGGCAUCUUUAAAGGUUGAAGAUGCUGUCGUGCUAGCAUUGGCCCAGCACAGACGACCAAAUCUGAGAUCAUCAGUUGAUCCCAAGUUUACAGAGGCCUUCGAGCUAAGUGAAGAGGAGGCCGAAGAUGUUAUUUUCAAAGAGGCAUGGCUAACAUACUUCUGGAGAAGAGCCAAAAUGCAUGCUGUAGAAGAUGAUAUUGCAGAAGAGCGGCUUCAGUUUUGGAUCAGCCGCAGUCGGCAGUCACCAACUUCACAUGAUGCUGUGGAUGUUGAGCGAGGCCUGUUGGAGUUGAGGAAGUUGAGUAUUGAGCAACAACUUUGGGAAGCAUCUCGGAGAGAAAUUGAUCAGCCCACCUCUGGUUCAGUUGCCAAUCAUAAACGUACAGAUUCGGAGAUUUCUUAUUAAUUGCCACUUCAAUUAGGGUUUUUUUUUUUUUUUUUCCCCUUCCUUUACCGUGUAGGUUGCUUGUCUCAAUUCUAUGUUCAUUUUAUUUUUUAUGGGUUUCCAUAUUUCUUUUCUAUAUUCAAUAUUUUUGCAACUUGGUAGAGGAAUUUAAAAAUGUCAUGCGGUAUUUUCAUAUUUGGUGAAAGUUGGUUGCUGAUGCUACGAUCAACGGUAUACUCAAUGUAGCUCUUGACAGAACCGUGGGCCUACUAUAAUUAUGCUGUUAAUACGAUAUAUUGGAUAAGUGAAGCACUUUGAGUAA